AUGUCCAUGUCAAUGGGAGGCAUGUCCGGCAUGGGCCAUAUGUCUAUGGGUGCCGGCGUGCCAAGCCCUUUCUAUCUCCAGAGAAUGUACUGGGCAGUGGUAGGAAGUGCUAUAGGAGCUGCUGCCGUUGUCAAUUUCUUUAAUUGGUUUCUGGCUCGCCAGAGAAUGCGAGAUUCGACCUAUACUCCCGCUAGACCCAAAUCCCUGUUAUUCGUAUUUUGCGCCACUGUCACAGCAUUGGUGCGCGAAGCAAGCUAUGCGACUCUACCUCCGUUAUCUCUCAAAGGCCGGACCUUUCACUUUGCUCCUUUGGGACCGGUUGCCAUCAUCCUUACCAACAUAGUCACGCUUAUGGUGCUUUGCUUUUACAAGUUGGACACAACAGACCAGUGGAAAUGGGAAGACGUGGGCUACCGCACGGGAUUCAUCACGAUUGCGCAAUUGCCAUUGAUCUUUCUGCUAGCAGGAAGACAAAAUAUCAUUGGAUAUUUGGCUGGCAUGGGCUACGAACGACUCAAUUGGUUUCAUCGAUGGGUCUCUCGGAUUCUAUGGCUGACGGCCACGAUUCAUAUGGGCUUUUGGUUCCGUGAUUGGGGCCAAUACGACUACAUUACAUACAAGCUGAAGAACGAUGCUCUGGCGAAGCGUGGAUUUGCGGCAUGGGUCAUUUUGAGUUUCAUCGUCAUUUCAUCCGCCGCCCCCGUGCGGAAUAUAAGCUACGAGAUCUUCGUUUUGCAGCAUCUGGUCACCUUUGUGGGUUUCAUAGUUGCAGUAUGGCUUCAUGCUCCGAGUGAGGUUAAAGCCUGGGUGUGGAUCCCUAUUGGACUGCUGAUCUUCGAUCGCGUUGCACGAUAUACAUGGGCUACCUACGCUAAUCUGUCGAUCUUCCACCGUUCCGUCAACUCCAAACACCCACUCUGGGCAAAUCGCGCCUCAUUCACACCGUUGCCAGGGAAUGUGACUCGUAUCACGAUUGAGAACCCUGGUAUUAGCUGGAGGCCGGGUCAGCAUGUAUUCCUCACCUGCCACUCCGUUGUGCCGCUGCAGUGCCAUCCAUUCACUAUUGUCUCCUUACCCGAGGACAACAAGAUGGAAUUCUUCGUCCGCGCAGGAAAGGGCGGCACGAGUAGAUUUUUUCGCUACGCAUCCAAACACCAUAAAACCCUUGGCUCUGGCGAGAUAUCGCCACAAAAAGGGGAGCGCACCGUAUUCAUUGACGGCCCAUACGGAAUGCACAGGCCACUCCGCCAAUUCGACUCCGUCGUUUUACUAGCAGGAGGCACGGGUACGACAUUCAUAAUUCCCUGUCUCAGGGAUAUUGUGGCGGCAUGGAAAGGAGAGUCGCAGCAACCGGAUUCCAAAACACGACAGGCCGCGACCAAACGGAUCCGAUUCGUGUGGGUGAUCAAAUCACGCGCUCACCUGAGCUGGUUUGACUCGCAGUUGCAGACAGCGCUUGCAGCCGUCGACGAGUGCCGACGCAGUCAGCCGGACCUCAUAAGAGAAAUAGAAAUGAGCAUUUACAUCACAUGUGAUGAAGCGCUGGAGCCAACCACCAACACAAUGGACCGGACCAUAUGCUCGCAAGCUCAACCCGCCACCCUCUUUAUUGCUGAAACGCAUGAUGAAAAGGGGGGAAUAACCCAAAAAGAGGACAACGUCACGGUCCAACCGCUCUCCUCCAGCUCAUCCUUCUCCAACCAACCAGCAACAGGCUGUCUUCCAAACGGCGGUUGCUGCUGUACAGCCCGCGUCGAAGACGAAGACGAAAUCACCGAACAACACCGUUGCACCUGUUCCGGACACGCAGCUGUCCGUACCAGUCCUGUCAUUAAAAAGAAGACUGACGAGAAAGCCAUAUCACCAGCACAAAACACCAUCCCCAUCCUCUCCGGCCGCCCACAACCACGGACCAUCAUCCGGAAGGUAUUGGAGAAAGCCGAAGGCGAAAGUGCCGUAGUUGUUUGUGGGCCACGGGGGCUAUCAGAUGAUGUUCGUCGGAGCGUGGUGUCUCUUAGUGAUGAACGGGCUGUGCAUAAGGGGACAGGUGCUCAGGGGAUUUAUCUGCAUGUUGAGAGUUUCGGAUGGUAAAAGUUGAGUUCUGCAUAUACCUGGCGUUGUGUGUAUUUGGAUAUUGUACGUAUAAUAUUCAUGAGAAUGAAAUGAAACAGUG